AUGGCGAAUGAUGGCGUUUCCAACGACAUCAAAGAUCAACACGAGGAGCAAUCUGUGACUAAGAUCUCUGUGUUGGAGCGUGAGAGAGACGAAUUGGUGAGUGAGAACAAUGAGAAGAAGAAGCAAAUCAAGAAGUUGAUGGUGGAGAUUGAUGAAGUGAGGAACAAGGGUGAGGAGACGAGGCAGAAGAUUGUUGAGUUGCAGGAUGAAGUGGAGAGGCUGCAGGAUGCUGUGAAAGCUACGGAGGCAAUCACGGCUAGGGCGGCAGAGCUUGAGACUCAUGUGGCUAGGCUUCAGCAUGAUGUGGUUUUGAAUUUGAAUGCUGGGGAAGAGUUGAAGAAGGUUAAAGCAGAGAGGGAGACGAGGUUGAGGAAUUUAGAGAAGAGAAUGGAUGUUCUUGAGACGAAGAAAAUCGAGGAGAGGAAUCAAUACAGUGGUUUUCUCAUGAAGUAA